UUAUUUUCAGUGUGGUUUUCUACUUGUAACGUUAUUGCCUUUUCUGCAGUCAUGAAAUCUUUCCUUUCUCUCUCUGCAUUCUUCCUCUCACUUCUCUUGUUUGCUAACACCAUAGCAGCAAGAACAGAUCCUGUGGAAUAUUGGAGAGCUAUAAUGAAAGAUGAACCCAUGGCGGAAGCAAUCCAAGGCCUUCUCCGCAUCGAUGCUGCUGCCUCAUCUUUCUCCGAUGAAAAACCCGACUGUCAUGAUGCUGAUCAGAGCUUUGCGCCUCAGAAAGAGAAGACUUUUGUUAAGGAUUUUGAGCCAGGACAUCGUGCUACGGCUUAUGACAAUGACAUUAAGCCAGCAGAAGAGAAAUCAUUCUUUAAGGAUUUCAACCCACGGUCUAGCGGAGAAAAGUCAUCAUUUGCUAACGAUUUCGAGCCGAGGCCGAGUGUUACUGCUUACACUGACGAUGUUGGCCUUAAAGGGAAGAAAUUGUCAUCAUUUGCUAAAAGCUUUGACCCCAAACCAAGUGCUACAGCUUAUACUCACGACAUUGGUUCUAAAGAGAAGUUGUCAAGUGCUAAUGAUUUCGAACCGAGACCAGGUGUUCCUGCUUGCACCGACGAUGUUGGCCUUAGAGAAAAGAAGUUGUCAUUUGCUAAUGAUUUCGAGCCGAGGCCAGGUGUUACUGCUUACACAGACGAUGUUGGUCUUAAAGAAAACAAAUUGGCAUUUGCUAAAGAUUUCGAGCCGAGGCCAAGUGCUACUGCUUACGUUGACGAUGUUGGCCUUAAAAAAAAGAAGUUGGCAUUUGCUAAAGAUUUCGAGCCGAGGCCAAGUGCUACUGCUUACGUUGACGAUGUUGGCCUUAAAAAAAAGAAGUUGACAUUUGCUAAAGAUUUCGAGCCGAGGCCAAGUGCUACUGCUUACACCGACGAUGUUGGCCUAAAAAAAAAGUUGUCAUUUGUUAAUGAUUUCACGCCGAGGCCAAGUGUUGCCGUUGACACUGACAAUGUUGACCUUUAAAACAAGAAACAAUUUGUCAGUGAUUUUUAACCAAGGCCAGAAGCAAGCAUUUACGAGGGUUGAAAAGAUUGCUUUCAUGCAGGAAUUGCCUCUUUAAUUAUUAUCUUCGACUAUUUCUGUAGUAUGAAGCUGUACCCGUACGUGAAGGUGUGUCUGUGUGUUUGAGAAAUAAAGAAUUGUGUUAUGUGUGUGUAUUAGGCUCACGUCAACUAUUGUCAAAAAGUUAAGGUACUGUUGUAAUGAUUGAAUGUAUGAAAUAUAAUUAGAUGUUGAGCAUUUUAUGUAUAUGAUUAGAUA